UCCACAGCGAAUAAAAUAGUGAACCUACAGGAGAGAAACAAACUAAAGUAUCGAUCAUAAACUACUACCAACGUUUGGAUCGAUAUCUGCAUCGAUCUGCCCACCCUUGUCUCCUGGAUCGUAGCUGAGAUCAGCGUGAACCACGUGGGUCUCUGCUCCCUGAUCUGUUUCCUGUGUUUGGAAAGAGUUCCAGCUUCAUCACGGAGUUUCUCUCGGUUUGUGGGCUCAUCUAAAGCUGAUCAGCAGGAGGAGAAGAGUCUGACGGAGCAGCAGAGAAACGUUUUCAGCCAUCUGGACUCAGCUGAGUCACUACAGAGGAAACAAUGAGCUCAACACAGAAGGACCAACAUGGAGUGAGAAAUCAGCGCUCUCAGGAGGCCGACAAACCUCACAGAAGAAAGGGAGAGAAAAAGUACACCUGUGACGAGUGUGGGAAAGAUUUUACUAGGAAGAAUUCACUAAAAACCCACCAAGUCAUCCACACUGGAGAGAGACCGUUCAGCUGUGGAGACUGUGGAAAGUCUUUUACCAGGUCUGCAGGCUUAAAAACCCACCAAGUCAUCCACACUGGAGAGAGACCGUUCAGCUGUGGAGACUGUGGAAAGUCUUUUACCAGGUCUUCAGGCUUAAAAACCCACCGACUCAUCCACACUGGAGAGAGACCAUUCAGCUGUGACGACUGUGGAAAGUCUUUUACGCAGGUGUCAACGUUAAAAACUCACCAACUCAUCCACACUGGAGAGAGACCGUUCAGCUGUGGAGACUGUGGAAAGUCUUUUUCCUGUAAGGGUUCCCUAAAAGCACACAAACUCAUCCACAGUGGAGUUAAAGCGUACAGCUGUGAUCAGUGUGGCAGAGCUUUUACUCACCGUAAGAGCUUAAAGAAUCAUCUAGUUACCCACAAGGGAAUUAAGGCAUACAGCUGUGACUUUUGUGGAAAAACUUUCAGCCAGAUAGGGAACCGAAAUACACACCUACGCAUUCACACCAGACAUGAUGUGUACAGCUGUGGUCAGUGUGGUAAACUAUGUUUAACAGACGCACAGUUACAACACCACAUGUUUACCCACUCUGAGGAGAGACCUUAUAAAUGUGACCUGUGUGCGAAGACUUUUAAAUCUCCACACUACCUGAAAGAUCACCUACAGAUCCACACCAGAAAGAGACUCUACAAGUGCAGUUACUGUGAGAAGCAGAGCGACACAGAUGGAUCCAGUUCUCAACCCUGUCAUCGCUGUGGUGGUGGGAAAGACUUUCGUUGUGACCUUUGUGGAAAAACUUUCAGUCAUCCAAACAACCUAAAACUACAUCAACGUAGACACACUGGAGACAAAAUGAACUACUGCAAAGAAUGUGGGAAAGGCUUCCCCAAACCAAGUAUCUUAAAAAAACAUGAACUCAUUCACAGUGGGGUUAAAAAGCAUCUCUGUGAUCAGUGUGGGUCAUCCUUCAUCACUGCAAGUAAACUUAAAACACAUAAACGAGUCCACACAGGAGAGAAACCAUACAAGUGCAGAAACUGUGACAAAAGUUUCUCACAAUCAGAUCAUCGUAACUAUCAUGAACGUACACACAUGGAAGGAAACUAUAGCUGUGACCAGUGUGACAAGACCUUGAAGAAUUUCAGUUCAUACUCCAAACACAAACGAUCCCACGUUACUAAUAAACUCUUUCACUGUUACCAAUGUGUCAAAAUAUUCACCUCAUUGUCUGCUCUGUGCAAACAUCAGCGUGAUCAUGCAGGACUGAAAUUACUCCCAUCUCUGUGAAUCUGCAGAGACAGAAAGAUCCUCUUCUGGUUUCACGGUCAGACUCAAAGCCCUUGAGAUCAGGCUCCACAGAGGUCAGAGUGAAUCUCCUGUAAAGAUCUGAUGAGGCAGCUUUGAAUGAAAAUGUGCCUCUCGUUACAUUUUAAGCUUUCUAAACUGUUGUACUGUAGUGUUCGUGUUGAGUGGUUAGCUUUGUUCCAGCAGUUGAAUCAAAAAAUAUGUU